AUGCGCUUCGAUCAACGUGUGGCAAUCGUCACGGGUGCUGGCAACGGACUGGGCCGCGCCUACGCCGAGUAUCUGGGCAAACUCGGCGCCAACGUGCUGGUAAACGAUCCACAAGCAUCUGCAGCUGAUGACGUCGUGCAGCGUCUUGGAGGAGGCGGCAAAGCUGUAGCCAACUAUGAUAGUGUCGUAGAAGGACACAAAGUCGUGGACGCAGCGCUGCAAAAGUGGGGCCGCGUGGACAUUCUCGUGAACAAUGCGGGGAUCAUCCAGGACAGUUCGUUCGCCAAGAUGGCACAACAGCAAUGGGACGAUGUGUAUAAAGUUCAUUUAGAAGGAACCAUGAGAAUGACCAAAGCGUCGUGGGGCGUCAUGAGGGAGCAGGAGUUCGGACGCAUUGUCAACGUGGCGUCGGCCUCUGGAUUGUAUGGGAACUUUGGACAAGCCAACUACUCAGCCAUGAAGCUGGGUAUUGCUGGGCUCACGUUCACUCUGUGCAAGGAAGGCUACAAGCGCAAUAUCAUGGCGAACGUCGUGGCUCCGUUGGCCAAGUCUCAGAUGACCGAUGGACUCUUGGAGAAAGAGUUGAACGACAAGUUGACGCCGGAGAGCGUCGCUGCUUUCGUUGCGUAUCUGUGCCAUGAAACCUGCGAUCGGACGGGCAAUGUAUACGAAGUGGGGGGCGGUUGGGUGGCUCAGACGCGAUGGCAACGGUCACGCGGUGUCGUCUUUCCUAAAGAUGAGCUCACUCUCGAGAAAAUCGCAUCGCAAAUUGAUGAAAUCGAGGAGCACCAAUGUAGCAUUGUCAAUGUCACACGCAAGAAUCCGGACAAGAUAGGCCCACACAUGCUCGACGAUCUGUCCCGCCUCAUCGAUGUGCAUUCUGAAGUUGAAGAUCGCGACGACAACGCCGGCAAACCAACAAUCGGACGCGCUCAAAGAAGCUGA